AUGGCCUUGAUGAAGGUAAAGUUUAACUUGGCCAAAAGGGUAAAACUAGCCCAGGGGCUGUGGCUCCUGUACUGGCUAUCUGUGAUGGCUGGGAUCCUCAUUUUUAGCAUGGGGCUCUUUUUCAAGAUUGAGCUGCGUAAGCGAAGCGAGAUGAUGGACAACAACGAGAGCCAUUUCGUGCCCAACUUGCUUAUCCUGGUUGGGUUGGCUGCUUGUGGCAUCAAUGCCUUUGGUGGCAAAGUAUGCCAUGACUCCCUUGAUCCAAUAAAGUUCGCCAAGUGGAAACCCAUGGUGAAGAACUACCUGGCUGGAUGCUUCGCCUUCAGUAUCAUACUCUUCCUGACAGCUCUGCUGUGCUUUACCAUGCAGAUCUCUCUGCAUUUUGCCCUAGCAGAGGGCCUGAAGAAUGGGAUGAAAUAUUACAGAGACACAGACACUCCUGGACGCUGCUUCAUGAAGAGAACACUUGACAUGACCCAAAUUGAAUUCCGGUGCUGUGGCAACAACAACUACAAAGACUGGUUCGAGAUUCAGUGGAUCAGCAACCGUUACCUGGAUUUCAACAAUGCUGAGGUCAAAGACCGUGUAAUGAGUAACGUAGAAGGAAAAUACUUGAUGGACAGCGUCCCAUUCAGCUGUUGCAACCCUGCUUCUCCACGACCCUGCAUUCAGCACCACCUGACCAACAACACAGCGCACUAUGACUACGACCACCACACCGAGGACCUGAACAUCUGGACGCGUGGGUGUCGCGAAGCCCUGGUGUCCUACUACGGAGGAAUGAUGAACAGCAUUGGAGCUUUUGUGCUGCUGGACGUCCUGAUGCAGGCAGGCGUGAUGGUGGGUCUGAAAUAUCUGACCACUGCGCUUGAGACAUCAGAUCCUGAGAACCCAGAGUGUGAGAGCGAAGGUUGGCUGUUGGAGAAGACCGUCAAGGAGACUGUCGAUGACAUGAUGGCGAAGAUCAAAAAACUGGGUAAAGGUAACCAAGUGGAGGGGGAAGGAGAGGAAGCACAAGCCGUCGCCACGGUAAGCUGA